CAGGGGAGGCGGAAAGGUAAAGGUUAGAAGAGGUUAUGAACUCUAACCCGUGGCCGAAGUCUGGUAGCUUGCCCGCUGGUCCCGAUUGCGCGACGACACGGAUCAGUCGUCGCCGCUGCUAGACGCGAAGAGAGAAAUGGACAGGGACCAUAGGGAGCAACGCGAUCACGAUAAUCUGAGCGAGAAGGAACCGGACAGCAAAGUUGGAAUGGCUUUCUGCAGCCUCUCCCACCAUCGCGAUCGUACGCCGGAUGCCGAUGCAGAGAGAGACAUGGACAUCGAUCCAGCUGAUCACAUCGAGAACUUGCACGACGACAAGUCCGAGAAAUUAGGGAGGAAUUUUCAUAAUAUAGGACAUCAUCCAGCCAUGAGAGAUGUAGAUAGGGAUCAAAAUAAUCAUGUUGAUAUGCAUGACGACAAGAUGGACCUCAAGAUAGGAAGAGACUUUCGUAAUCUCGGCCAUCAUCCUGGAAUGGUUCAUUUGCAUUCUGGCAUGGAACAUUUGACUAAUGUUGAUGUUGAGGUGAAAUUAGCGAGGGACGUUCGCGGCUCAUUAGGCUUAGGACUGUCCUUAGAACUUUGUGUAGUUUGUGGAGACAGAGCUAGUGGUAGGCAUUAUGGAGCGAUCAGCUGUGAGGGUUGCAAAGGUUUUUUUAAGCGCAGCAUUCGCAAGCAGCUGGGCUACCAGUGUAGAGGAAGCAAAAGUUGCGAAGUUACCAAACAUCACAGAAAUCGUUGUCAGUAUUGUAGACUUCAAAAGUGCUUGGCGAUGGGCAUGAGAAGCGACUCUGUACAACACGAGAGGAAACCAGUGUUGGGUGAUUCGGCUGCGACAAAAGUUGGCAGCCGUAACCCUAGAGUAAAACCUGAACCGCAACAGCCUGUACCCGAGGCACUCCCGACUUGGGAGCAACCCGACAGUCCUAGCAUGGAAGACCAAAGCAGCGAUAGUGACGCUCUCAGUGAUGCUUUGACCUUAGCUCGUGAGCGUUUACUUCUUUCUCAUGCGUUAGCAGACAGUAUGGCUAAAAUCAUUGGUGAUAAUGUUAAUGGUUCGAGCGAACCGGAGGAAGAAUGGACCGGCCAAUUAAUCUCUGAGCGAAACACGUUGUUUGAAUUGAGGGCGCCUAGCCCAGCACCUGUGUAUUUAUCUAUUCACUACAUAUGUGAAAGUGCAGCUAGAUUAUUAUUUUUGUCUGUACAUUGGGCACGAGGAAUUCCAGCAUUUCAAGCUUUGCCAUCUGACGUUCAAACUACUUUAGUUCGAAGUUCCUGGGGACAAUUGUUCACAUUGGGUUUAGCACAAUGUGCAUAUACCUUGUCACUUCCUAGUAUUUUGACGUCAAUAAUUAAUCACUUGCAAGCUAGUAUCGCACAAGAGAAAGUCACUGCUGGUAAAGUAAAAUGCGUUACGGAACAUAUAUGGAGACUACAGGAUUGUGUAAAUUCUCUGCAUAAGUUACAAGUGGAUUCCGUCGAAUACGCAUAUCUUAAGGCUUUAACGCUUUUUAGUGCUGAUAAUGUCUUGGCAGGCAUCUGGCAUAAGAAAGUUGAAGUCUUGCAGGAAGCAGCAUGGACGGAGCUGCAGCAACGUGUAGGUUCCGAUAGAUUACCUCGUCUUCUGCUGAGGCUAGCACCUCUUCGCUCGAUUAAUCCUAGAGUUCUGGAAGAUCUCUUUUUCUCUGGUCUCAUUGGUCGAGUAAGCGUGGCUAGCGUCGUGCCUUAUAUCCUUACCAUGCAAGAUUAUAAAACUGAACCAGAAAGUCAUGCAGGGUGACGAAUAUUGUCAGUGCAAUAUAAAUCGUGACCUAAAAGAGUGAUAUAAACGUAAAUGUUGGAUGCCUCGUUUUAUACAACGAAAGCGUUCAUUUAAACGCGAAUGGUUGACAUAAUUUUUAUGUUCGUAUUUCCCUUUUUCUUUUCGAAUAUUUGCACAAGAAUAUAAUGACGCAAUUAUGAGG